AUGUCGGACAAAGAUCCCGAACCAUCGCCACCCGCGCCCGACACGGCAGCCAGUCCAUCUGCACUACCAGCAGAUCCAGAAACACAAUCACAGCACCAAUCCGCCGAGUCAGCAUCGCCCGCCUUCGAACCUCUCUUCACCCUCCUCACGAAUGUCACCACCGGCGCGACAAUACACCCCCACGUGCAAUACCUCUUCUCCGACGACGACACCUCCGUCCUCUCCCAACCUAGCGAUGAUCCCGACCACCGCACACUGGUCGUCGACCUCGUCCCAUCAGGAAACACAUGGUCCAUCCAAUGGGCGUCCAGCCUCAACCCCGAUUUCGCAAUAACUAGCUCCCAGCUCGCUGUUCAGCGGAACGACGACCCCGAGGGCGACUCGUCCACGAUGCUCCGACUAGAAGGCGUAGAACGGGAGCCGCUAGACCUCAGCGGUGGCAGCCGUCCCAACAGCCUGCCCAGUUCGGGGAGCGGCGCCAUCGGCCGCGAAGACGUCGACUCACUAGCUAGGGAAUUUAAGCGCCGUGCGGGCGUGUUGAAGAAAGUCGUGGGAGAGGGCGAGAAGAGAAGAGACGUCAUCGCCAGACAGGGAAGUCAGGACGAGCCGGAGAUGGAGACAGAAUCGCCUGGUGACGCGGAAUCUGCAAACCAAGUACCACCAGCAGCACCACCAGCAAUAGGCUACGAAGAUGAAUUCCCGGGCUGA